GAGUCUCAAUAUCAGCAUCAAUCAGCAUUUUAUUGACUGUUGACAAUGAUAUUAAAUUGACACUUGACAAAUUUGAAAAGACACCGAUUAUAAUAUAUACGGAUUAAGUUGAUUGAUUAGCUUUUUACCUUUUAUAUUUACAUUAAAUAAGUAUUUGUGAUAAUGAAUGACAUUCGAUUAUUUUAUAUAUGGGGUGAUAAACUUAUUGAAGACUGCAACCGUUUACCGGCUGUUCUUGGCAGGGCACGUUUAGUUAAUAAUCUCAUAGAGGCCUAUGGUCUUCUAAGUAAAAUAAAAGUUGUGAGAUCAUCGUCAGCUAGUUACGAGGAUUUGAAAGAAUUCCACUCUGAGUUGUAUCUGGAGCAUUUAAAGACAUUUCGAGAUAUCCAAGACGACUAUAUGACGAAUUCUCAAGAUGAAGAAUAUGGGAUUGGUUAUGACUGCCCACCAGUCUCUAAUAUGUUUGAUUUAGUAUCUACUAUAGCUGGUGGUUCUAUGACGGCUGCUAAAUGCUUAGUGCUUGGCAUGGCUGAUGUUGCCAUCAACUGGUGUGGGGGAUGGCAUCAUGCACACAGGGUCGGUGCUGAUGGCUUCUGUUAUGUUAAUGAUAUUGUCAUAGCGAUAGAAAAGCUACUGAAAAAGUUUCCAAAAAUCCUUUACAUAGAUUUAGAUGUCCAUCAUGGUAAUGGAGUUCAAGAUGCAUACAGUUCCAGCAAAUCGGUUUUUACAUUAUCUUUCCAUAAAUAUGAGCCAGGGUUUUAUCCUGGCUCAGGAUCUAUCAAUGAUAUAGGUUCAUCGAAAGGCAAAGGGUACUCUUGUAAUUUUCCACUUCAUGAAUUAUAUUCUGAUGAUACUAUUGAAUAUGUAUUUGAAAAAGUUUUCAACUCUGUAUAUAGUUACUUCAAUCCUGACGCUAUAGUAGUGCAGUGUGGUGCGGACGCGCUCGCCCGCGACCCUCACGGUGGCGCUCAACUUACAACCCGAGGCUAUUGUUCUUGUGUACGCAUGGUGCUCGAUAAACGAAAGCCUACAAUGCUUUUGGGAGGAGGUGGAUACAAACAUACAAAUGCAGCUCGUCUUUGGACUUCUAUCACAGCAAUGGUGGCAGGAAUAGAUAUUGAUGAUAGUAUACCGGAACAUGAUGAUUGGCCUAUUUAUGGCCCCGAUUAUAUGUUGACCAUAGAACCUACUUUAGCUAAGGAUAAUAACAAAAAGGAAUAUUUGGAUGAUUGUAUUAAUAAAAUAAAUGAUAAUUUAGAAAAGUAUUUAGGAUUAGGAAUGAAUGCUAAUUGUACAAGUACCGAACCUCAAGUUAAGAAACAAAAGACUGAUUCGACACAAUUAAAUAAAAAGGAUGAUGACAUAGAUAAUUGCUUUUAGCCAACAAGUCAACAGUUUGAGACAAAAAUGCAUAUACAAUGUUUCGAAAAUGCCAAUAAAUAAUGAAAAUAAUGAAGAUGUCUAUGAAUUUGUUGAUUAAAUGUAAGACUGAUUUUUAAAUAUUA